AUGGAGGCUCUGGAAAGAAACUCUAAACCCUCUACAGGGCCAAUCGCCGGCAGUGAAUUGUGCAAACCCACGCCAAAGCGAUCUCGCGUCGUUGUCUCGCAGUCGAGCCGCGGCUGCGUGACUUGCAAGACCCGCCGGGUCAAAUGUGACGAACAGAAACCUCUGUGUCGCCGAUGCAUCCAGGCGGGUCGGUUAUGUGGCGGGUACAGCCACAAGAGCAAGUCGUCAUCCGCUCUGCAACCUGCUCUGAGGACUGGCGUCAAAGUGGACAGCAACGUUGAGAGGCUAAGCCAUCUCGCAGCUCACGUCUUAUCUUUGAAUAACGAGGGCCUUCCUGCGCAAGAGGAUGAGGUCUGGGGUAGAGUAUUUCUCCAGUUGUCUAAUAAAAACGAAUGCGUCAAGGCCGCGGCAGCUGCAUUUGGCGCUGCCUAUGAGUUGUCGUUGAAUGACACGAUAGAAAAGGUCCCAGGUUCAGCUUGGCGUUACUACGGCUCAGCAUUGACAAUGCUCCAAUCAGGGCUGAAAGACGAUGGUGUCGAGCCGGAGUCUCUAGCUCUGGCAUCACUGAUCCUGGCUUGCGUCGAAGUCCUGAGCCAGCACGAGCACAACGCAUUCGCCCAUUUUCUCGGAGCCGUGCAGAUCCUGACCAGAGCCUAUCAGCGUCGAAGCGGAGCUCCAUCUUCUGAUUUUCUAAAUAAAAUCAAAGAUGGCGUGGUCAAUGCCAAUCUUCUGCUUGGCGGUUAUGCUCUUUCCCAGACACCCCAGUUGAUGUAUGUCGUAUUUCAAGAUGCAGCCCCUGGAAACAAUUUAUUCGAUAAGCCCGAGCUUGCUAUCGAUGCCGCAAUGUUGUGCCUUCAGCGAUCAUACCAAUUUAUAUCCUCCGCUUCCCGCCUCCAGUAUAAACAUCCAAGCUGGAAAGAGUACAACUCCGCCCUGUGCCAGGACCAAAAUAAAGCCUUGGCCGAAUGUGAUUAUAUGCUCGAUGGGCUUGCGGAACUUAUCACAAGACUGCAAGCUCAGCAUUCCUCCUCAACAGUCACACAGAAGGAUUGGGAGAUACUAGCAGAACUUUAUGCUCUCCGAACACAGCUAACAGCGAAUACUAUCUUCAUACUGUGCAUUGAUACCCCAUUUGAAACGGCGUAUGAUGAACACUUGGACAAAUUUCGAAGCAUCGUGAGUGAUGCUGCAGCAUCGGCGCGGCUACGGCGAUGGUCCAAACCCAGCGCUUUCAAACGCUUCUCAACGCGCCUUGGUAUCGUCAGCCCUCUCUACUUCACGAUUUUGAAGUGUAGGGACCCAGCGUUACGUAACGUGGCAGUAACAAUGUUGAGCGAACAGGACCGCGAGGGGCCGGCCGAUGGACACAUUCUGGCGGCGAUCGGUGCUCAAGUGGCUGCACUGGAGAUAUCUGACAGUUCGCCCUCCACUCCCGGCGCUCCUCUGGCUGCCUGCGACAUCCUCGAAGAGCAGAGGUUUCACGGGUUCACAGUCCCCCCUCCAAGAUUCGAUUCUGAGGGCCGGCGCGUGGUCGACGUUGUUUUCACCCGGCCAAAUCCGCCUCUCGCCCAGGGAUGGGGCGAUGCCGACUACUCAGUGCCGGGUGGCUGGAGCAAGUGGUCGGUGCCUGUCAAGAUCUAG